UAAGAUUUUUUCUUUUGAGAAGAUUUUUAUUUAUUCAUCCUUUUUUUUUUUUUUUUUUUUGAGAGUUAAGGUAACAUUGGAAGCAUUUGACUUAGUGUAUUAUUAGUAAACACUGCUUUUGGAUGCAUUCAAUAAAGAUCAGACAUCUUUGCCCCAACCAUUGCCAAACCCUCCAUCUUUGGCACCACUGCCUUUGCCUGCACCGGAUCCUCGGACCCAGGAAAUGAUAAAUGAGAAGCUGAAGAAAGCUGAGGAUCUUGGUGAGAAGGGGAUGGUAGACAAGGCACAAAAAACAUUAGAGGGGGCUGAAGCACUCAAGAAAAUUUCAAUUUCUGAAUUUAGUAGUGUUAUUUCACUCUAUACCAGACAAGAGCCUGUUUUGGAUUCCUCUAAUAAGUAUAUUGCUGCAGAUGUUCGCAUUACUUAUCAAAAGCUACAUGUUUGUGAUAUUUGUGGAGCACUUUUGAGUGUUUAUGACAGUGACCAACGUUUAGCAGAUCAUUUUGGAGGCAAACGUCAUUUAGGCUAUAUGCAAAUCCGUGAUAAAUUAGCAGGACUUCAGGGAAGAUGAUUUACAUGCUUGGUAUAUGCUGACUGUCUAUGGUGGCUCUGCUUUUAGUGUUACAUUAUAGUGCCUGGCAUCCAAGAUAUUGGUUGUAUAAAUUGCCUGAACUAUCCACUUACUAUGUCUAUUAUUAUUAUUUUUUAAAAUAAUCAAAACUUUAUUUGAAUGCCGUUGCCCAAUGGAUUCUAGUAAAACAGCAAAUUAAUACAUCUUUUCCAGAUCCCCUUAAGUUUGUAUUGUGAAUAUGUAGUUCAGGUGCUGGUAUAAUGUUUCCUAUUCUUCUAUAUAGAUUCUCAGUUAGUAUCAUCUGUGAGUUUUUCUGACCUCAGAGAAGAAUAAUAUCUCCCAUUUUUCAAUUUCUCCUGAUUGUUUGUCGAUGCUGGACUUUAAAACAUACUAUUUUCUACCUUGUCUGUACAUUUCAGGCUUAAAAUGCAUCAAAUAUGAAAUGUCUUGGUGCUCAACCAAUUUUGAUAGAUUAGUUUUUUGUGCUGAAAGAAAGAAUGAAAGAAAAGGAAAACAUGAAAUCAAAUAGGGGAGAAGUACAAGAAAGGAAUUUGUUGUAAGUAAUGUAAGAAAAAAAAAAGAGCUUUUCAUAUGUUUAAAAUCUAUGACAAUAAAUCUGAUGAAGGCCUGGGUUGGUCAGGGUAAGUUGCCUACUAAUUAUGCCUACUACCGUUAGAAUUCUUUCCUAAUGGUCCUUGUGGCAUGUUAUAUUUAGCUAAAUUGAAUUGGCAUUUAGCGUUUUGAAAGAAGCAUUCAGUAGUAUUUGCUGAUUAUUGUUUUCUCAGGAAGAAAGAAACAAGAGCCGCAAACUUGACCUUGACCGGUAUGAUGACAGGAG